UGUGUGUUCAGCGGCAUCAUGGCUGAGGAGCAGAGCGCAUUGUGGGCGACGGUGGAUGAGUUCGUGUCUGGACAACAUGAUAGCAAAGCGGAUGAUGUAGCAACGGAUGUAAAAGAUGGAAAAUUCACAGUUUUACAGGUGGUGGAAUCUCUUGGGUCAUGCCUGGCUAAUUCUGAGCCAAGAACACGUGGUCGAGGUGUUCAGCUCCUGUCACAUAUUCUGCUGCAGAACUACUCCAGGCUCAAAGCAAAGGAAGUGGAGGUCUUGGUUGUGUUCUAUGAAAACAGACUCAAGGAUCAUCACCUGAUCACACCAUAUGUCCUUAAGGGGCUUAAGGCAUUGAGCAUGUGCGAAGUUCUGCCCUCCGGACUGGCUGUGUCUGUGCUCAAAUCUAUAUUUCAGGAAGUUCAUGUACAGUCUUUAAUGCAGAUGGAUCGUUACACAGUCUACACAAUCAUCACUAAUUUCAUGAAGCUACGUGAAGAAGAGUUGAAGAAUCUUGGUGCUGAUUUCACCUUUGGGUUUAUUCAAGUCAUGGAUGGUGAAAAGGACCCACGGAAUCUUUUAGUGGCCUUCCAGAUAGUCCAAGACAUCAUUACCAAGGGCUAUGUGCUUGGACCAUUUGUUGAGGAAUUAUUUGAAGUGACAUCAUGCUACUUCCCCAUAGACUUCACUCCGCCGCCUAGUGAUCCACACGGCAUAACCAGAGAGGACUUAAUAUUGGGGCUGAGGGCGGUUCUGGCAUCUACACCACGGUUUGCUGAGUUUUUUCUUCCUUUGCUGAUUGAGAAAAUGGAUUCUGAUGUUCAAAGUGCAAAGCUGGAUUCAUUUCAGACACUGGCUGCCUGCUGUGGUGUGUAUUCACAAAAAGAACUAAAGGAGUUUCUACCUAGUCUCUGGUCUUCGAUUCGCAGAGAGGUAUUUCAGACAGCAAGUGAAAAGAUUGAAGCUGAAGGCCUGGCAUCUCUGCAAGCUCUCUCUUCCUGUGUCUCUCGCUCUGUGUUGGGUCCUGAUGAUGAGGACUUGUUAGACUCAUUUUUGAACAGCAUUCUACAAGAUUGUAAGCACCAUCUAUGUGAGCCAGAUAUGAAAUUGGUGUGGCCCAGUGCCAAAUUACUGCAGGCUGCUGCUGCCGCCUCUUCCAGGGCUUUCCAGAAAAUCAGUGCCUGUGUUUUGCCAUUGCUUGUGGAACAGUACAACCAGCACGCUCAGAGUAGUCAUCGUAGAACAAUACUGGAGAUGACACUAGGCUUCCUGAAGCUACAGAACAAAUGCCUGCAAGAAGAAGAUGAAAAUGGGUUGGGGAGAUUCAAAGAUGACCUGUGUAACAUGGUAUACUCAGCCGUGACCGAUAACAGCUCCCAGCUUCAUUUAGUAGCAGUGAAGGCUAUGACUGUUUUGGGCAUGCAGCAAGGUUUCUUGUCUCCUAGCGACAUUGAGCUGAUUGUCGAUCACUUGUCCAGACUCAUCUUACAAGAAGCAGAUUCUCAGAGCUGCUCUGCAGCUAUAGAGUCAUCGGGGACUCUGUCAAAACUCCACCCCUCCAUAUUCAUCCGUAAGAUGCUGCCACACAUCUGUGCAAAGCUACAGACAGAACCAAUGGAUGUUCACAUUGAACAAGACACAGUGAUCCCAGAGAAGUCUGUAAAGCAGCGCUGUUUAGAGACUUUAGCUGCAGUAUCUACACAUCACAGUAUUGUUAGAGAAACUGUACCGAUCCUGCUGAGCUAUGUAAGACAAGCACAGAAAGGUACAGGGGGACUCAGCCUGGAAAUGAUAUGUUACUAGGGAACACGGUCCUUGCUGCCAUGGUGCCUGUAAUAAGUGCAGCCAGCACUCAUCUCAGUCCUGAAUUAGCUGCCUCCAGUGUCUCCCAGAUUGUGGGGUUAUAUCUAGAUGGAGAUGUUUCUAUUCUUCCUGAAAACAAUUUUACCUGCAAGUUCCAACCUUUUCAGACUGACCCACCCGCAGAUCUCCAAAGCAGACUUGUUGCUCUUCUCAUGGCUUUUGUCUGUUCUUUGCCAAGAAAUGUGGAAAUUCCACAGCUCAGUCGCCUGUUGCAGAAUUUAUUGUCCCUGAGUCUGUCUGCUUGUUCGCACUUUACUUACUCACAUGCCUCCAAAUGCUUUGCUGGCCUAAUAAACAAAUGCUCCCAAGGCAAUGAUCUGGACAACAUUCUUCAAAGUACUAUUCAGAGGAUAGAGUAUGGUCUGGCAGAUGAACCAAGCAGGAUUCAAGCCCUUACGCUACUUGUCUGGGUAACCAAAGCCUUGACAUUAAGAUACCAUCCCUUGAAUGGACAACUUACAAAUAAGAUGAUUGGAUUGUUAUCUCACCGAGAGCUUGGCCCUACAGCUGCAGACAUGUUCUCCCUGCUGGUGUCCGACUCUCCAGAUAUCCUAAACAAAGCAUGUCAUGCAGAUAUCCGGAUCAUGUUCCGGCAGAGGUUUUUCACAGAGAAUGUUCCAAAAUUAGUAGAAGGCUUCCACUCUGCGAAUGAAGAUGAUAAGCCAAACUACCUUAAAGCUCUCUCCCACGUACUGAACUCCUUGCCAAAACAAGUUCUUAUGACAGAGCUUCCAUCGCUGCUAUCUCUUCUACUUGAGGCCUUAUCCUGCCCUGAUCGCAUUGUUCAGUUAUCUACACUAACCUGCCUAGAACCUCUGCUGCUUGAUGCUGCCGACAUCCUUGGUGUGCACAUCGAUUCUUUGGUCACAAAGCUUCUGGGCUUGACUUCCAGUCCCACUAUGGCAGUGCGGAUGACGGCUUUGAAGUGUAUGCACGCUCUCACAAAGCUCCCUACGCACAUGCUCCUGCCUUACAAACCACAAGUGAUCCGUGCCUUAGCAAAGCCACUGGAUGAUAAGAAAAGGCUAGUCCGAAAAGAAGCAGUUGAUGCCCGCUGCCAGUGGUUUUUGCUUGGAAGUCCAGGUAGUUGAACAUCAAACUAGAAAUGACCCCAAGUUUGCACGGAGACAAUCUAACCAAGAUGCCAUGAAUGUUCUCAACUAGAUCAUUAAAUGCCAUAAAUGAAGUGCCACCUUGUUUCAGCCACCUGUACACGGUUGUGAACACUGAAGGACAAUAUGGCAUCAUGACCUGCUCGUCAUUUAACCCAUUCCGUAUAUCUGUAUUAACUUCAAUUCUUACACAGGACAGCUAAGAAAAAUCAGACUGGCUUAAAUUGCACUUGAACAGCAUUAGCACAAGUUUACACAAUACGGCAUGUCAUAGAGAAGAACUAGGCUAUAAUAUAUAUAAAUAAUAAUGUAUAUUGUAUAGUAAUAUGAUUUAAUAUCAAUGCCAGUCUGGUAGUCUGGUUUUUAAGUGUAUUUUUUAUUCUGUGGUGUGAAUGGCUCUGUUCCUUUGAUGCAGUGGUUUCCAAGCCUAACCUCAGGUAAGGCCAACAAUCCAGCAAUUUUGGAUAUGUUUACCUGAACACAAUGUGUUAAAAUGAAUGUGUCCCUGAUUAAAAAGUUGGGCUAAUGAAUAUA